GGCAGUGAGUUGACGGGCCCAGGUGCAGGGGGAGGAGAUUGGCAGAAGUCGAAUGGGGAGUUAGCGAGGAUCUGUGUUCGCAAGACUGUUAUGAAGUUCAUUUUCAUGAGCUCCCAUCUCCUUCGAUUCCUCCUGGCUCUCGCGCUGCUCCCUGGAUCACAAGGCUGGAGGGGCAUGGCAUCGAGCAAGUCGUUGUCCUCCAGGCGCUCUGAUGUGGUGUGCAUGAGCGCUCGCAAGAGGAGAGAGGGCGAGAGCGAGGGCCUGCAAGUUGCGAAGCUUCCUAAGGGUUGCGCUCGUCCCAAGCUCGUAGUCUUCGACCUCGACAACACCCUGUGGACGCCCGAGCUGUACCAGCUGAAGAGGAGCCCCAAGGCAGACAAGGACGUGUGGCUGUUUGAGGGAGCCAAGGGCGCGCUGCACGAGCUUGCGACCGACGAGGCAUGGAAGGGGACGAAAGUCGCCAUCGCAUCGAGGACGAACAAAGUAGAGUGGGCGAAACAUCUGCUGGAGAAGUUCGAGGCUGCUCCCGGUGUUGCUGUAGCAGAGCUUGCCGAGUACAAGGAGAUCUUUCCUGGGUCGAAGAGGAAACACUUCCAGAACCUCAAGAGAGCGAGCGGCGUUCCUUUCUCUGAGAUGAUCUUCUUCGACGAUAGCACCAUGAACACCAACGAGAUCGAGACCAUGGGCGUACUCUGCGUCUUCUGCCCGAGAGGGCUGACGGCUCAAAUCUGGGAGGGAGGACUGAUGGAGUAUGCGAAGAUGAAGGACAAGGGAACGGACUUCAUGGGAGGGACGAUUUCCUUCUCGAGCAAGCCCAAGGUCACGAUGGUGACUCCUCUGCCUCCUUCCUCGCACUGCUCUGAGUCGAUUCCAGGAGAAGCUUGA